AUGAAGAGUAUUGUCCAACCAAUAGCAGUGUGGGAGAGGAAAGCACCAUCUCAUUCAAUCUGUGCCCUCAUGUUAACUGAUGACCAGCGAACAAUAGUGACAGGAAGUCAGGAGGGACAGAUUUGCCUCUGGAAUCUGUCACCUGAUUUCAAGACUCUACCAAGAAUCUUCCUGUUUGGUCACACUUCUUCCGUUACUUCCCUUGGAAAAGCAAGUGAGAAGCAACCAUAUAUCGUCAGUGCAGCUGAAAAUGGGGAGAUGUGUCUUUGGAAUGUCACCAGUGGCCAGUGCAUAGAACAUACAAAACUGCCCUUCACCCACACUGCAAUCUAUUACUAUUACCGUUCCUUUCGGAUGUCAGGUGAUGGUUGGUUGCUUUGCUGUGGACAGUAUCAGGAUGUCUUGGUCAUUGACGCACGUAGCCUGGAGCUUCUUCAUGCUCUUGUUUCAUCUACCACACCAGACUGGAUCAGCUCCAUGUGCAUUGUCCAUUCCCAAAGGAUUCAAGAGGAUUCAUUGGUGGGCAUAUCAGUGACAGGAGACCUCAAGGUGUGGGAUCUGUCUUCAUCAGUUAAUGGUGUACAGGCGAGGGAGAAUGUUUUUGAAGCAGAAUCCAAGUCUCUCCAAUGCUUUAAUUGCCAAGCAGUCUGCUUUUGUACUUACACUGAACGCUUACUGUUAGUAGUUUGCUCAGAUUGCUGGAAGGUAUUUGAUUAUUGUGACUUUUCAUUGCUGUGCUUUGUGAACAGCAGUAAUGGCCACCACUGGGCUGGAGGGGAAGUGUUGGCUGCAAACAAAAUAAUCAUCUGGACUGAGAAUGGGCACAGCUACAUUUACCAGCUGCCUGACAGCAGUCUAUUCAAAGCUGGCAUUUUUACUUCCCAUGGACAUUCAUUAAGUGAAACUGUUUCACCUCGUCUGCUCUGCUAUACAUCAAACGAUGCUAACGGGAAGCGAUCACGGACAGCAAUCCUGAUUUUCAUCAAUGAGCGUAAGGAACCAUUUCAUAAGAUUCUCUUCUGUGGUGAAGCAUCGGGAACAAUUUCCAUGUGGCACAUUCCUGAUGUUCCAACAGCCAAGCGCGAUGGUUCCCCUCAAGAGAUUCAGAUAGCUGCUACGCUGAGUCUUCAAGGAGCGUUUGAACAGCAUAAGACCAUGACGGAAGAAAUAACAGACCAACUUGGUGUCCUCCCAAAUGGAAUCCAGACUGGUUUGAUUACAGCUAGUGUCUAUAUUCCCAAUCUCGAUAAUCUGGUUUGUGGAUGUGAAAAUGGGAGGAUUAUAAUUACCCUUGGUUUGCAUGCAGCUCGGGCUCAACUCCUAGUGGAACAUUCUUUGCUAAAAGCCUGGUUACCCCACAGGAUUCUGGUGGGCCACUGUGCUAAAGUCACCUGUCUCCUCCACCCAUUCAAUAAAUCUGCAACCUUUGAUACCAGCUGGUUGGUCUCUGGAGACGAGGAUUCAAAUGUGAUCUGGUGGAAUAUGUUCAAAGGAGAGGUGCUGCACAAGUUUGUAUUGCAUGCAGGCCCGGUUCUGAACCUGUCAGUAUGUCCAGAAGACUGCAGUGUAAAGGUACAGCAGAGUGUUUGCUGUUUAGCGAACGAUAAUUCUGUAGCACUGUUGAGUCUUCAAUACCGAACAUGCUUGAUGCACGCAAGAAAACAUCUCUCCCCUGUGAAGGUAAUAAAAUGGCGUCCAGCAGAAGACCUCCUUGUAGUUGGAUGCGAUGAUGGAGCAGUUUACGUCUGGGACAUUGAGACCGGUACUCUUGAUCGACAUGAGACUGGUGAUGUAGCAAAGGCAAUCAUUGGUUCAUGUGACGACGCAUCAUCUACAUUCAUGAAUGUAAUGGAUUCUGUAUCUCUGGGAGUUAGACCUCUUGAUCUAAUCAAGAAGAAGAACACUAGCUACAAACAAUCUGGCUCUUUCAAAUUCAGCACCUCUCCACCCGCUUUCCAAACUACAGAAAACACCAAGUCUUCAGAGAAGGUAACUGAAAUCAUUUUAAUCGAGUUUGUGAUCGUCCUCUCCACCCACCCAUGGCAAGCCGUGUUUCCUGCCGCUGCAUAUAAGAACGUCACUUUAAUACAUUUGCAUCUAAUUAAAAGCCCCGUUCACCGGAAUCAUCCUCCCCACGCCCCCCCCGUCAAACUUACCACCCACGAUGGCGUGUCUUCAGAACACUGCUUCACGACUGCCUUUAUAGGACGUGCACUUGGCCACCUGAACUUUGAGGGAAACUCGGAGCCUGCUUGCUGCCUGUUGGUGUGCAAAAGCUCCGAGGCCCAUCGCGAGUUGAAGCUCCUGACCUUCGCCUUCUCCAAUGAGUUUGCAUUUCCAGAACCUACUCUGCAGCCAUUCACCGUGCUGCCUGUGAAGACAAAAUGGAGUGAUAGCACCAUCCACGUUUUACUGUUUGACAUCAGCACCAUUUGUGAACAGCUGCUCUCAUAUCAAGAGAAAGAACCCAAAUUACAGAAUACUGUCCAAAGCCAUGAGACAUUAAAGAGACUAACUAAUAUUGAUGGCAAAAAACAACCAAUGUCUUUAAAAAGAAACAAGACAACAGCAUCUCCGUGCCAGGCCAAUGGUUCAGUAAAAGAUUUAGUCCGUGAACAUUUAUUUUAUAGUGAGAAUAAUACAAGUGGACUUGCAAGGGAAGGUGCUGCAAUUAGCAAGCAAAAAACUAAACCCAAGCGUACUAAAAGGGUUACAACAUCAGCAGUGAAAAAAAUGGAUGUUAAUAUGGCCAGAGACACAGCUAAGUUACUAAUUUCCUGCCUCUUUCCCUGGGGUGUGGAUAGAGAUCUGGAUGAGCUCUGCAUGAAGCAUCUGGGUAUGUUUGAACCUCGCUGUCCAGUAUCCUUUGGCCUUUUGUCACAGGAUGAUUACUUGUCUCUCCUUUUGCCGGGAUGGUAUCAAGUCAAUCGGGAGAUGACAAAGGACUAUGUAUUCUGCAGCAAGAUAUCAAAUAAAGUUGUGGAACUUGCAAAACAAGUCUCAAAUAUUACCCAAGCUUACACUGUCUCUGUGGAGGAGACCCUGAAUGAUGAAGCAGAUGGAAACUUUCAGUCAGAAAUGACAUCCUAUUUGCUAUCUGUCAUCUUGUUAGUCAACAUACAGAUGAGAAUGCCUUUUCUGUCCAAGGGGAAUGAAAUGCAUUAUACAAUGAGACUGAUCAACAUCUGCAACCAGCUCGAACUGGCCUCAGGAGCCAAGGAGGCAGCACUUAGCCUCGGGGAGUUGAUCGCUAGUUGGCAAGUCCAAUCAGUAGAGCUGUUAGAAGCAAUACAAGCCAUGCUACUAUCAGAAGUUCAGAGGGUUUUCAGAGCUUUGAGAAAGAAACCGAUUAGUCGUCAACCAAUGAUCAGGGCACAGAAUGGCAACAGCGAACCACAGACAGUUCUUCAGACUGAACAAAUAGAGUUACAAGACUUACAACAAAAUACAAGCACAGUCAUGCUGACUUACUUUUCCAAAGCCGUGACAGGUAACGCCAAGGCUGAUCCUCCUUCAAGACCGACCUCAUCCUCUUUUCUUCUCCUACAAGAGCACAGGCAUAAAUUGGACGGUUGGACUGGUGAUCUGGCUGUUGAUAUUGGGAAAACAGCAGCAUUCCAAAUAACAUACAAUAAAGGGCUGAAUUCGAACCAGAAAUUGAUGAUUGCUAGUAAAAAGACAAUGUACUUCAAAGUGUUCCAGAAGUUGUGA